AUGGGGCCCGGGCAGCCGGUGGGCGGCGCGGCGGCGUCGCUGUUCCGGACGAACUCUUCCCUGCUCAGUGGCGGUGGCCAGCCGGGGAUGAUGGGCGGCGGAGGUGGUGGUGGUGGUGGCAUGCUUUCUUCACAGUCGCCCUUCUCCUCCCUUGUCUCCCCGCGCACGCAGUUUGGUGGCAAUGGUCUGCUUGGAGUCCCCUCGAAUGUCUCCUCGCUGCUGAACCGGCCGCCGUUCGGGAACGGUGGCCCUAUGCCGCCGGGUCCAGGGUCGAUGCAGGGUGGUGGGAUGCAGAUGAGUACGCUCCAGCAGAGAGCUGGGCUGGAUGGUGCCGGCGAUUUCAUUGGCGCGGGAGGGUCGGAUCCUCUGUCGUUCCCGUCUUCCUCACAGGUCAAUUUGGGCAAUCAGAUGGGGUCAGAUAAUCUGCAGGCGACUUCGCAGCAGCAGCAGCAGAUGGAUGCAGUGCAGGAUAUGCAGCAGCAGCAGCAGCAGCAGCUACCAAUGUCUUACAACCAGCAACAGUUGCCACCACAACAUUCACAGCAGCUCCAGCAGCCACAGGCUGCCGUGAAGUUGGAGAAUGGAGGAAGCAUGGUUAGCAUCAAGUCAGAGCAGCAGAUGGGGCAACCUGACCAGAAUGGUCCUGCCCAGAUGAUGCGAAGUGCUAGUGUGAAACUUGAGCCACAACAGCUGCAAGCCCAGAUGAUGAGGAGUUUAAGUUCAGUCAAGAUGGAGCAACAGACUUCAGAUUCAUCAGCAUUCUUGCAGCAGCAGCAACAGCAGCAGCAGCAACAACAACGUCAUUUGUUGCAGCUGACAAAGCAGAUUCGAAAUUGUCCAGACCUUGUAUCAAUGGGUGGACCAAACACAAUUGCAAACCCUCAAGCUGCUGCAGCUGCUCAACUGACCCUCUUGCAGCAGCAACGGAUCCUGCAUAUGCAACAGCAGCAUCAGCAGCAGCAACAACAACAGAUUCUUAAGAACUUGCCUUUGCAGAGAAACCAGUUGCAGCAACAGCAACAGCAGCAUCAACAACAGCAGCAACAGCAGCAGCUACUUCGUCAACAAAGUCUAAACAUGAGAACUCCAGGAAAGUCGCCUCCUUAUGAGCCAGGAACCUGUGCAAAGAGAUUGACUCAUUACAUGUAUCAUCAACAAAACAGACCACAAGAUAACAAUAUUGAGUACUGGAGAAACUUUGUCAAUGAGUAUUUUGCUCCAAAUUCUAAAAAGAGGUGGUGUGUCUCGCUUUAUGGAAGUGGUCGUCAAACUACUGGAGUUUUCCCUCAGGAUGUAUGGCACUGUGAGAUUUGUAAUCGGAAACCUGGCCGUGGUUUUGAAACAACGGUUGAGGUACUACCGCGAUUAUGCCAAAUUAAAUACGCCAGUGGUACACUGGAAGAACUUUUGUACAUCGACAUGCCUCGUGAGUCCCAGAAUACGUCAGGCCAGAUUAUUUUGGACUACACGAAAGCAAUCCAAGAAAGUGUCUUUGAACAAUUGCGUGUUGUGCGAGAGGGGCAUCUAAGGAUAGUUUUUAAUCCAGACCUUAAGAUAGCAUCUUGGGAGUUUUGUGCUAGGCGUCAUGAAGAACUUAUUCCACGGAGAUCUAUAAUACCACAGGUUAGUAACCUUGGUGCGGUUGUACAAAAGUACCAGGCUGCCGCACAAAACUCAACGAGUUUGUCUGCUCAGGACAUGCAGAAUAAUUGCAACUCGUUUGUUGCAUGUGCCCGACAAUUGGCCAAAGCAUUGGAGGUUCCUUUAGUAAAUGAUUUAGGGUACACAAAACGAUAUGUUCGCUGCCUUCAGAUUGCUGAGGUCGUAAAUUGUAUGAAGGAUUUGAUUGAUCACAGCAGGCAGACUGGAUCUGGACCCAUUGAUAGCCUGCAUAAUUUUCCUCGGAGGACUCCUUCAGGGGUCAGCACCCUUCAACCACAGCAGCAGCAAACUGAGGAGCAGCAGGCCAUUCCCCAGAGUUCAAACCAGAGUGGUCAAAAUUCUGCUCCUAUGGCUGCUGUGCAGCCUUCUGCCUCUGCCAAUGGUGAUGUGACAUCAAAUAAUUCUCUCAGUUGUGCACCUUCUACAUCUGCACCUUCACCGUCAGUUGUUGGGCUCUUGCAAAAUUCAAUGAAUUCUAGACAAGAUCAUCCAAUGAGCAGCACUAAUGGUGGCCCAUAUAAUGGAGGCAAUGUGGCUAUUCCGAAGGUUAUCUCUACAAGCUCACUACAGUCAAAUCCAUCUACCUCUUUCCCUUCCCCAGCACCGACAACAUCCAAUAACAGCAUGAUGCCUGCUCCUCAAAAUACAAAUCAACUAAGCUCCCCAACUACAUCAUCAAGCAUACCUCCGAUGCAGCCACCUGCUACUCGACCUCAGGAGGCUGAGCCAAGUGACUCGCAAAGCUCGGUUCAGAAGAUCUUGCAAGAUUUGAUGUCAUCACAGAUGAAUGGUGUUGGCCACUCGGGCAAUGAUAUGAAGACACCAAAUGGACUAACCCAUGGUGUCAAUGGGGUUAAUUGCUUAGUUGGCAAUGCUGUCACGAAUAACUCAGGGAUGGGAGGAAUGGGAUUUGGCGCCAUGAGUGGGUUCGGUCAUGGGAUGAGAACGGCAAUGACAAACAAUGCGAUGGCAAUGGGUGCAAGGAUGGGAAUGAAUCAGGGUGCGCAUGACCUAUCGCAAUUGGGUCAGUUACACCAGCAGCAGCAGCAGCAGCAGCAGCAUGACAUAGGAAACCAGCUGUUGGGUGGAUUUAGAUCAGCAAACAGCUUCAGUAACAUUCAAUAUGACUGGAAACCCUCACAAUAG